CUGAGCCGUGGAAAGGAGGCAGGCCCGAACAAGGCCUGCGGAGGACCCAGCACAAAGUCGGGGCGGCCUUGCCUUGGGGCUGAAGCUAGCCCCCCAAUCCCUGGGCCUUGCUCCGGGGCUGACACUUGUCCAUCCCGUGGGGCCCGGACUGCCAUCUUUGGGAUGAGGAGCCUCGGCGCUCACCUGCCUGGGCAAACCUCGUCUUCCGGGCCCAGGCCUGAGCCUCCACCCUCAUCAAUGCCCCACUUACUCAGCCCACUUAUAAUGAAGGCCCCGCCUUAGCGGCUGGGGAGGAUGGCCGCGGCUGGGGAGCUGGUUGUGGAUGCCGGGCAGCCGGGGACUCCGGCCAUGAGCGCAUGGAGCCCUCCCACUGGGGCUGCCCCUGAGCCCCCUCUCCGGAGGCCUUACCUACCUUGCGUCCCGGCCCCAGUCUACCGGGGCCGGGGCUCCCACAGCACCGUGGCCGUCCCUCGGGCGCUCCCCCUGCCCCAGAGCGGGUGCGGGAUCCCAGGGCGGCCGGGACCGACGCCACAGACACCACCCGCCGCCGAUGCUGCGGCGACCCGGCCCAGAGCCGGCCCUGGAGCCCCGGAGGCAGUCGGCAGCAACCCCGAGGGCGGAACGACUCCGGAGGCGGAGGCCGGGCCCGAGGCCAGCCCGCAGUCGCCGCUUCGGUGGGCGUCGGAGCGAGCGUGGCCCGGGCCGAAGCUGCGCCGGAGCAGGACCGUCUUCUCCAUCUGGCAAGUCAGCACGUUGGAGAAGGCUUUCCAGAAAGCUCCGUACCCCUCCUUGGAGGACACGGCCGGCCUGGCGCGGGAGCUGAGAAUCACCGAGGCCCAGGUCAAGAUCUGGUUCCAGAACAGAAGGAAGAAGCUUAAGAGACAACUCCAAGAGCAAGCACAAUUCCUUGCUCCAACUCAGUCAAACCCUUUCUGGACUAUGGUUAGCCCUGAGGAGAGACUACAGCCUGACAGUCACACUUGUCCUUUUCUAUGUGGGCAGAACUCGGUCCUCCCGCCCACUUGCAUCCCUGGCUUUAACCAUUCUCUCUAUGAUUCUCGAGAUCUUCAGGCUCUGGGAUUGCAAAUGCCUCAUCACCAUCCAAAUUUCUAAUGAAGGUCUUUGGGAUGAUUUUAUGGGGUGUGUUGGCCUCUCUGAAGAGGAUCGGGGUCAUUACUCUAGAGUUUCAUCAUUUUACUGUUGUGGAAACCGAGGCCCAGGGAGGUUGACAUCCAAGAAAGAAUUUUGUGUGACCAUGUGACUAUGAGAGAGUCACUAUCACUGGGCUAAACAAUUUAUAGCACAUGACUGUAACGAAAUAUUAUUGUACCAAAGAAGAGCAAAAGGGACAGUUUGGGGGAAACUGGUAUGAAUCAAUUCCAAACGAGAUGAGCAAAAACAAAACAACUUAUGCAAUAACAAUACAAUUGUAAAGACUGAUAACUUUGAAAGACCUAAGACCUGUACUCGAUACGAUGACUCAGAGCUCUGCUGAUGAAAUAUUCUGCCCACCUUCUAAAAGAAUGAGAGAAUUGGGUUUUUUUCCCCUCAACUGGGGAAGGAAAAGAAAGAAUUUAAAGAUUGGGUUCCCCCCCCCCAAAGAAAAAACCACAAAGAUGACAUAAACAGGAUAAUUUAGAAAGGUACAUGUGGGAGUCAUUUUCCUUUUCUUCUUAAGUUCAGAAUUAUAAUAGCAUUGAUGUGAGCUGGGCCCUAGGCAGACAAUUAAGAUAAAAAAGUAAAAAAUAAAAAAAACCCCGCUCUUAAGGAGCUCAUCCUCUACCUAGACACACCUGGUGUUAAAUUUCCAAAUCAUUUUAUUUAUAAAAAUUUAAAAUUUUUUUUAAAUGCAUGCAUUAUUAUUAUAUGGAACUAUGACUUGGUCAAGACAUUUGGAAAAUAAUGUGUAAUUAUGGGAGAAAAGAGCCUGAACAUCUUCAUAUCCUAUAACUCAGAACUUACUGUUCUGACAUGUGUUGCAAGAGGGGCAAAGGCAAAAAUAAAGUCAACAAACAUUUGUAAAGUACUUACCGUGUCAAGCAUUAGACUAAUGGCUGAGGGUGCAAAGAAAUGAAGAAAACCCUCCCUUGCUUUGCCCUCAUAGAACCCCCAAUCUAGUAGAGGAGACCACAUACAAACAAUUGGGUACAAAUAAAAUCCAGACAAAGUAGAGAGUCCUAGCAUGAGGAUGAGGAGAUUGAGAAGGGCUUCUUGCUCAAGGAAGGAUUUUGAGUUGAGACUUGAGGGAAGCCAGGGGUCAAAAGAUCAGGAGGGAGGGUGUCUUGGGAAUGUGGGACAGCCAGUGAAAAUUCCCAGCCAGGAAAUGGAGGCUUUUGUGCGUUAACCAAGGAGACCAGAGUCCGUGAAGUCCUAUGUCCUUAAGACAGGAUUUAAAAUUUCAUCCUGGAAGUGGUGCAGGAUGUUUAUUGUUAGGAGUUUGAAUAAAGGGGUGACCUGGUCAACUUCUUGAGAUGUCCACACUGUGAGCCUCCAUUGUCUCUUCUCUUAACCUGUUAAAUUUGACUUCUAACCAAGUUCCCAAUGAUCUUGUAAUUGUCAAAUCCAAUGAGCUUUUUUUGUAAUCAUCUUUUUGGACCUCUCUGCAGACUUUGACACUGUUCGUCGUCCUCUCCUUGAAAGAAGGUUUUGGGGAAGCCUCUCUCCUGGUUCUCCUAUCUCUCUGCCCCCUCAUUGGCUGUAUCUCAUCCAGACUGUUCCUCGGGUCUUUGCCCUCUUCUUCCCUUCUCCCUCUGUACAGUUUCCCUUGGUGAUCUCACCAGCUCCUGUGGAUUUCACUGACAUCUCUGUGCUGACAUCCCAUCUUACCUCUGGUUGUCCCUUGUACACAGAAUGUUGGAAUUCUCAACUCUGCCUCCCAACUGCUGCCCCUUUUUUGAGGAAGCCUCUAACACCUCCUCUUAAUUCUAGUGCCUUCUCUCUGUUAUUUCUUUUAUUUGGUCUGUACUGAGUUUUUUGUAUAUAUGGGUUUACACUUGUCUUCAUCAUCAGGCUGUGAGCUUCUUGAGGGUAGAUCCUGUCUUUUGCCUCUCGUAUCCCUACUGAUUAACAUGGUGCCUGGCAUAUAAUAGGUUUGUGGUAAAUGUUUAUUGAUUGGUUAACUCCUUGAUCAAUCAGUUUGACAUCUGAGUGAAGGGUGGACUGAAGCGUGGAGGGAUAUAGGAAGGUAGAGCCACCAAAAAGCUUUUUGCAGGUGGGAGAUGUCGCACCAGGCAAUGGCCAAGGAGAGAAGGGGGUACAUUUGAGACAUAUUGCACAGGUGAGAUUUGGCAGGUCUUGGUUGGGGGUGGUAAGGGUACAGUAAGAGACUUUUAAUACAUACCACAAUAUGUGGCAGCACAUCUAUGACAAGAAAUAAUUGGAAACGAUCAAAGUAUUCAUUGGAAAAUGCAUCAAAUAGGAGAUUCUGGCCCAAUGAGAAUGGAAGGAUGGGAGGUAGUCAAAGAAAUGCAGACAGAUUUGUCUCAGCUGACAGAAGAGUGGAAGGAAUGGAGUCAGAAUGAUGACACAACGGUCAUGUACAUGGAAUGAUAGAAGGGGACCUGAGCGUCUUGUUGCCCAAAAGCAGAUGAUGCAAAUGGUUUCAAUGACAGUUUUAAAUGCUGCAGAACCAGCAGGGCCCAUUCCUAAGGUGAAUCCUUUUCCCUCCCCCAAGUUCUCCAAACGCCGGACUGCCACAUCAUAGUGAUCUUACGGAGAUAUGCAGCACAAGUAAUGAAGGGGAUGAGAAAAUGCAGAGAAAGCGCAAGACUGGGAAUCGAGGGACCCAGAUUCAAAUUCUUAUCUGUCUGUGGCCUUCUGAGCCAAGGCAUCUUAACUUGAUGGACUGUAUGAGUUUCAUCAUGUGUAAAAUGAGAGGUCCAAGCCGGACUACCACUAACGACUUUGCCCAUUUUCCUGAGGGCCUCAGUUCCCCAUGAAGAGCCUGGGGCUCAGGUCCAAUGACCUCCCAGAGGUCAAAUAACAACACAAAUUUAGGAUUUACCCAUGUGGUCAUGAACAGCAAGGAGCUGGGCCCUGGCCAGAAUUUGAGAUCAUUAAUACAAGUACUUUGCUCAUUUCGCAGGUAGCUGCAUGGUUUAGGAUGCAGUCUAGGUCUCUGGGUGGUAAAUGCAGAGUUCCUCCUACUCGAGGCUGUUGUGAGAAUCCCCCUUGUCAACCUUCUUAGGUAAGGGCUCCCAGGGCAUCAUUACCAGGGGAGAGCCCAGGACAGAGACAGACUUCCUGUGCCUCUUCUCCAGAGAGGAGAAUUUCAGCACCUUGGACAGACCCAGCUCCUCUCACUGGAGGAAACAUCAUUGGCAGAAUCUGCUCAAUUGCCCAGAUGGUUCCAGGGUCGAUUCAGUUCAAAGCCUCCCAUGCACUGUAUGGACUGACUACAUACCUCCUGUGCCUUAAAAAUGGUUUAAUGGUUUUGCUUUGAACUUUAUGUUCAUUUCUUGGGCUGUAGAAGCCUUUCUUGUAUACAGUAAGUGGAGUCAAGUUUGGCCACAUCUGAAAAUGAGUACUGAUACUGCUGGUCCCACACUUCUUAGCCAAUGGGCAGGCAGAAGGUUUGCUUCACCAUCAAGUGUUCUGAAGACUGAAUGUUCACUUGGUUUCCCCUCCCCAUUGAGCAGGCUUCCAAAACCUUCCAUGUUUUGUUUUGCGGAUUUUUUGGAGGGGAGGAGAAUAAAUUGCUUUGACUGGGCUUCCUUAGCUAAGUUCAGACAAAACUACCCCAAACUAUCCGAAGGCCUUGUUUUUGCUGCUGCUUUGUGUAAUCACAUUUCAUUACUUUCAGCUAAAAACAGUUGCUUUUUCAGGCCCCAGUCCAUGGGCAUAAGAGGCGCCUUCUCACCCAGUUGGGGUUCUUGGCCCAGGUCCAGGAAAGCAUAAUUCUUCAAGGAUCAUUGGGUACAAAGUGAGAAUAAUUUUCCCCUCUUGGGCUCCAGGCCAGGACUUCAGAUUCUGGGAAUCCUCAUCUAGCAGAAUCUAGGCUUUAGGACAUGGACAUGACAUGCCCGGGUGGGUUGAGCAUACUCAUUUUCAGAAAUAAGCAUUCCUCUUCUUCCCGUCCUAGCUUCAAACCCAGGCCAGGCUCACAGACAAAUCUCAUAAUGACAGUUACCAUUUGAACGGAAGUCAGUUCUUUAUCUUCAUCUGUGAUCCCUCAACUUGUGUUCUCAAAAUAUUGGGAUCACCAAUCAUUCUGGAGCAAUUGAAACUAUGCCCCAAAGGCAUAAAAUAUAU